AUGCCGCCUGCGGACCCAUUACCGAUCGAAACGGCUCAUGAGGACAUGAUCCAUGAUGCUCAGCUGGAUUACUACGGCAAGCGUCUGGCAACAUGCUCCUCGGACCGAACAGUGAAGGUGUUCGACAUCGUGGACGGAGAGCAGCAGCGGGGUACUGGACAGACUCUCAAAGGACAUACUGGUCCAGUAUGGCAGGUCGCAUGGGCACAUCCUAAGUAUGGGCACAUCCUGGCGUCAUGCUCGUACGAUGGAAAGGUGCUUAUUUGGAAGGAGCAGCAGUCGAACGCGGAGGGAUGGGCUAAGAUCAAGGAGCACUCAUUGCAUGCGGCUUCAGUGAACUCGGUUUCAUGGGCCCCACACGAGCUCGGCGCCAUCCUCGCUUGUGCAUCCUCUGAUGGAAAGAUAUCUGUGCUCACUUUUAAAAACGAUGGCCAAUGGGGCGCGGACGUUUUCGAGGCACAUGCAAUUGGCUGCAAUGCCGUUUCCUGGGCCCCCGCCACACGCCCUGGCGCGUUGCUUGCUCCCGCGUCUACCGCCCCUGGUCAGCCAUCCAGUGCUCCCGUGAAGCGUUUUGUGAGCGCCGGAUGCGACAACCUCGUAAAGAUUUGGGCGUAUAGCGAGGAGACGCAGACUUGGACGGAGGAGGAUGUGUUGGAAGGGCACACGGACUGGGUUCGUGAUGUUGCAUGGGCACCCAAUAUUGGGCUGCCGAGGAGCUACAUCGCCACGGCUUCACAGGAUAAAACCGUUCUGAUUUGGACCAAAGACACACCUACUUCACAUUGGACCAGGACCGCACUAGACCCAACAAGCAUUUCGCCCACCGGAGCUCCACCCGCUGCUCCAGGGAAAUUCCCGGAUGUCGUGUGGCGUGUUUCGUGGAGUCUCGCGGGGAACAUCCUUGCCGUCAGUUGCGGCGACGGUAAGGUUACACUUUGGAAAGAGAGCCUGAAAGGUGGCUGGGAGUGUGUUAGUGACAUGACUAGCUAG